AUGGUCGUGGUGCAGAAUGCAUGGGGCAAGCCCAAAGCAUGGGCCCCCCCGGCCAGGGCGCCCGCACCCAGCGCAACGCCCGUUGCUGAAAAGCGCACGACUUGGGCAGCGCCGCCCGCGAAGCAAGUCUUUUCGCUGGAGCAGCUGUACGCGGAUGCACACAAACAGUUUCACCCCAUUGUCACGACUCCCGUAGGUCUUGUGAACCAGGGCAACUCGUGUUUUGCGAGCGUGAUUUUGCAGAUGCUGGUGUACACACGACCCUUGUACCAUUUCCUAACGAGUUUGCAUAGAGAGGUGCCGCAAGAUUUGAGCAACUCGACGCCUCUUCUCGAAGCCAUCUUUCGGUUUCUGAGAGGCAUUCCCGAAGCGCCAGCGGAUCUCUCGCUCGCCUCUGCCCAGGAGCUCGACACUGCGCCUAUUUUGCCCGACUACAUCUUUGACGCCAUGCGCCUGCACAAACGCUUCGACCUUUUGCACCUUGGCCACCAAGAAGAUGCCGAGGAGUUUUUUUCCAUGGUGCUUAGCACACUGCAUGAUGAGUUGCUUUUGGUAUACCAGCGUGCGAUGCAGCGCCAGACGGGCCGUGCUACUGUGCAAAGCCCUGCACUUGCGGCCAGCGGCGUCGAUGCUCUUUGCGAGACGCGCGAGGCGCAGCGGCCACAGAGCCCCGAUGGCGAUACCUGGCUUGAGGUCGGACAAAAAGGCAAGACGAGCCUCACAAGAACGAGCGGGACAUUGGACGCUGAGUCGCCCAUCACACGCAUGUUUGACGGUAAACUGCGCAGUAUCCUGACGAUUCCCGGCUCAAAAACAAGCGUUGUGCUUGAACCGUGCCGGACAUUGCCGCUCGAUAUUCAGCCGCCGCAUGUGCAUGCCAUCAGCGAUGCACUGCGCAACACCGCAGUCCCAGAGGAGAUCAGCGGCGUGUGGUCGCCCGGCAGGAAUGCGUUUGUGGAAGCAACAAAGCAUGUGCUUCUGGAGCAGCUGCCGCCUGUGCUUGUUCUCCACUUGAAACGUUUUGUGUACGACGAGGUGGGCGGCGUGCAAAAGAGCUGCAAAAACAUUGCGUACCCACUCACGCUGGACAUGGCACCCGAAAUGAUGUCUGCGCUGCUGCGCACCACCGAAACAAAUUUGCAAUACACCCUCUUUGGCGUUGUAUACCACCAUGGGCGUCUUGCGACAGGGGGGCACUAUACCGUGGCAGUGAUGCGCCAGGACGGAUCUGGCUGGAUCCAUAUUGACGACACAUACGUCAGUCCUAUACCCACGGAAGAAGUAUUGCACCCACAGAAAAGCGCGCAGCUGGGCAGUGGCCAAGCGUACCUCUUGUUCUACCAUAGGCUGUAG